UAAACCUAAGAACUUCCGACUACUGUUCUUCUUCCUCCGCCGUCCCCCUUCCUUCUCCGCUCUUCCAAUCCCCUCCCCACUGCUAUCUCUCACAGUGACUCCUCCGCCUCGUUCCGCGCCCGCCUGACUCCUCCGCCUCCUCCCUCGGCGGCGUCGAGGGUGCGCUCGCCCGCGCGGUGGCCGGGCGGAUCUCGCCGGGCGGCCGAGCUCCCCGGCUAGAGGUCGCCCGCUUCUUCCCCAAUUCCGGCCGGUGAGCCCCACUUCUUUCCCGUCCUUAAGCCGAUGGACGCCUCCGCCGCCGGUUCGCGCGGCGGCCCAGCCCUGCGCUUCCUCUGUCCUAAGAUAUCCCUACUCUCCCCGCCCUCGCGCUCCUUGCUGCGCUGGCUCGUCGGUGCGCCUCGCGUCCUCCCUCCCUUCACCGUCGCUGCUGUCUUACGUCCCACUCACGGCGACCACGCCGCCCCUGAUCUCCCCAGGGAAGCAGAUGAAAUCCGGGGGUUGCUGCCGCGGGGUUUCGACAUCAUCGGGGCAUUGCUCGUGGGGGGAGGGGGUUCUGAUGCGGACGUCACUUGCGCACUGGAGCAGGCUCGGGUGCUGAGGGAGCUGCUGUUCGGUGUGGCGGCGAGCCAUGGCUUGGUCGGAGGCCACAUGGAUGCAGCCACCGGGGAGAUUCGAUUUGUUCUAUCCGAGAGCGGAGGGACGGACUCGGUGGAAGGGUCUGUGGUUACAUGGGAGGAUGAGCCGGGGAGGUUGUUGUGGGAGAAGGGAUGCCUCCUGCGCUGCCAACUGCCCCUGAAGCUUCCACUCUAUCUUAGGCCUGAUGUGAAUUCUGGCAUCGAAGAACGGUUUUCUUCACUUAUUGAAUCUACAAUUGCUAAACUCAGAGAUCCUCAUGUAUCGUAUUUAGUUGAGGGGCCAAUUACAUCUAGUGAAUCACAUCAUUCUAUUAUCUUGCGUGGUGAUGAUUUAAGCUUUGAUUCACAUACACAUGGAAACUCAAGAAAGAACAAUUGUACCACAAGUAUUGUAUCUUGUUCAGAAUUCUUCACAGAAAAGAGGUACAACUUCUCAUUGACAAGAGAGAAUGCAGAUGCAAUUGCAAUAACUGUCAACCAAUCAGCGAGUAGCUUGAAGCCUGGCACUACCCCUGUGGUAGAGUACUUUCCUGCCUCAGCACCUGCCAGCCUCAGAGUAAUCAUCUUGAAGCUUGAUAUACUAUGCUACACAUCAAUAGAUUUUCCAGUGGCAGCUGCUGUAUCUGAACUUGUUAUUCCAGGAUUAGCUGAUCAGAUGAUUGUAAUGAAGAGGAUUAUUGCUUCAGAGAUAACUCAACAAGUACAGCUUUGUCCAUUCCAUUUCAUUCCUUCUGGUUUGCAUGUUCCAGUAACAGCCAUAUACAAUACAAGAUAUGGUGAGAUCGAGGAGAGGCAAAGUGAGCUGCGAAAAGAACUGCAUAUAAGGCUAGGACUUCCCUUAGAUCGGCCUUUGUUGCGAAUUUCUAAUGCAUUGACUUUUGGCAGCAUGGGAAAGAGGAAGAAAAGCAUGCCAAGAAGUGGUAUUCAUCCUGCAUAUGUUGCAACAUAUACUCCAUUACUAUGUUUUCCCCCUGAAUUACAUGUGGGAUCUUGUGGUUCUUCGCUGCUUCGAGAAGUCCACAGAGAAAUUCCAUCUAGUGGUGUAUCUGGAGGUGUUAUGUCUUUGAUUGAUGGUUCGUAUGAGUAUUAUCACUACCUUCACGAUGGUAUUGAUGACAAUGGAUGGGGAUGUGCAUAUCGGUCUCUACAAACAAUUGUCUCUUGGUACAGAUUGCAACAAUAUUCAUCAAUAGAUGUUCCUUCUCACAGGGAGAUUCAACAAGUUCUUGUUGAAAUUGGUGACAAGGAUUCAUCGUUUAUCGGAUCUUGUGAGUGGAUUGGAGCCAUUGAGCUAAGCUUUGUCCUCGACAAACUGCUGGGCGUUAGUUGUAAGGUUAUCAAUGUGAGAUCUGGCGAUGAGCUUCCUGAAAAGUGCAGAGAACUUGCCAGGCAUUUUGACACCCAGGGAACUCCUGUGAUGAUUGGUGGUGGAGUCUUGGCUUACACCCUUAUCGGAGUUGAUUAUAACGAAGCCAGUGGAGACUGUGCAUUUCUUAUCCUUGAUCCGCACUACACUGGUACUGACGAUCUGAAAAAGAUUGUAAAUGGCGGGUGGUGCGGAUGGAAGAAGUCUGUCGACAGCAAAGGCCGAAGCUUCUUCUUAAAAGACAAGUUCUACAACCUCCUACUACCCCAAAGGCCAAACAUGGUGUGAAACCUAUGGUGUUCAAUAUGUUACUAGUGCAUGUUCUUGCAAUAGUCGGUGUUAUGUUAUUUUUUAAAAAAAGCCUCAUAGAUUGGAAGUCAUGAUUUGUAAAGUUGUUAAAUGAGACAUAUUUUUUUUAUAAAUAUGUAGUGAUUAGUAAAUUUGUAGCACCCUAAAACAUCAUUUUUUUUAAAAAAUAGUUUUGAUCUCAUUAUGCAA